GACGACUUUCUCCGUCGACAGGAAACCUCUGUGGUAGCCCCGGCGGUACUGCUAGUUCAUACCACCAUUCAUCCGACAGGGAAGAGAUGACAAGUUUAGAAAUGUUCUGUGCAGUGAAUUUAUCGCUUUUGCUUGUGGUGGCGUUGACAUGUGGCCCGGCUGAAGCUUCUGCGGAGCGGACCAAGACGGUGGAGUUUAACGUUAAACCGGGAGGAGUGGUGCACACUUUCUCCGAGGGCAUUUGGGAGUAUGAAUGCUCAUUCACGUACGCUUCUCAAGGAGGAACCAACGAGCAAUGGUUGAUGAGUGUGGGUCUGAGUGACGAUGACAGACUGUUUUCCUGCUCUGUGUGGAGGCCCCAGGGGAGAUCUUACCUGUUUUUCACUCAGUUCAAAGCUGAACUAAAGGGAACCAAAAUUGAAUAUGCCAAUGCAUAUUCACAGUCAGCAUCAGGAGGACAGAGUGACAUGCCUCUAAAGCCAGAGGAAUUUACUGUAGGCGACUCAACAGUAACCCACACGGAUGGAAAGUUCAGCGCUCAACUUUCAAAGCUCACAGUCAUUGGACGGACACGGCACGAUGAGCUCUGAGCAGCUAGAGUCCGACUUGACUUCGGUCGUGCUGUUGGAUGGAGGGCGAGUUCAGAGCUUCAACUCUGAAGUCAGUGAAAGAUGGAUUUAGGAGACUUCCUCUUGAGUGACGAAUCAGUGGGACAAUACUGUUGAAUAGGGCUUAUGUCUUGGCAGCACUGUUUCAUUACAUUAAUUACCUGGUUUUACUACAAACGAUUUAUGUGUGAAAAUGGUACAAAAAGGUAUUGCUUGUCAAGAGUUUCCCUUUAAAAUGUGCUUGUUAAAAUCCUGUCAUGACAUUAAGUGCCUCCAUAGCUGUUUCUUAGUCUCUAAAGCUUUAAGAUUUACACAGAGCAGAGCUGGAGCUAUAAGUGAAUGCAUAGAGGAUUGGUGUUUGGGGGUUUGUAGGGUAUAGAUAACACAUUUGGAGUAGAGCAGGAUUUAUCCCUCUUGUGUAAUCCUGAGAGGAAAUUGAGUAAUCCCUUAUAUCGUCAUCAUAUACACAUAAACAGUUCCAUUUUCCUCAGUCUUGUGUUCUUUGAGCCACUGAUGAUGGCCUUGCUGUCUGCCUUCAUCUCUCUGUCUGUUUAUCUUCAUCUGUUCCACAUAACUGUUAAGCUCCACAUUUGAUCCUCCCCCGAUCACUCAUCACAAACUCUUUUUGUUUUGUGUUUCAGGCCAGAAGCAAUACUUGUAAUAAAGUAGAUAACCGCUUGACAACAGCACAGUAUCAAGAUACAAUUGGAUUGUUGCCUUUUUAAGCAUAUCUUUUACAGUUUAAAUGUAAAUUUAUUGCAAAAAAAACAUGUAAUGUUACACCCAUGCAUUUCUGCACAAUUCGGGGGGCCACAGUUAAGGAUUCGUGGCCUCCUAUUGGAUGUUGUAGAUCUCAGUUCACGUGUCAAUUGUGUAACAGCUGUAAAUUGCAAAAAA